AUGGAAGUACAGUCAGACAACGUUGAGAACGUAAUUUCCCAGUCCAUCGAUCGAGUAACCUCUGGCCUACGUGAUCUUAGCCUCAAAAUACAUGAAAACCCCGAACUUUGUUAUGCAGAAUACCGCGCGCAUAGUGAGGCAUGCAACUUUCUGACCACCGCUGGGCUGAAAGUUACCCCACAAGCUUAUGGUAUUGAAACCUCCUUUUUGGCCGAAUAUGGUCAGGGAGGACGAUUGGUCACUUUCUGUGCAGAAUACGAUGCUUUGCCCGAGAUUGGACACGGAUGUGGUCAUAAUCUGAUUGCAAUCUCCUCCAUUGCCUCAUUUUUAGGCGUUGUGGCCGUUCUAAAGGAUACCAAGAUGCCUGGAAGAGUACGCCUUUUAGGUUGUCCCGCUGAGGAAGGUGGCGCAGGCAAAGUGAAGUUAAUCAACUUGGCUACCCUUGCCGGCGUCGCAUAUGGAACAAGUUUAGCUGCUGGGGGCUUUUCUGCGCAUUUUACCGGAAAGCCAGCGCAUGCAGCCCAGAUGCCCUGGGCUGGGGUCAACGCACUCGAUGCAGCAACGCUGGCGUAUUCUGCGGUGGGUAUGCUUAGACAGCACAUCCGGCCCAGCGACCGUAUCAAUAUCAUUCUACCGGAGGGAGGAACGGCCCAUAACGUUAUACCCGAUAAGAGCCGCAUACGAUGCAGUGUGCGAUCCGAAACUUUCAGUGAAAUGGAAGUUUUGCGGAAGCGUGUGGAGAACUGUUGCAACGGAGCAGCCUUGGCUACGGGGUGCAAGGUUGACCUGGUGAAAGCAAUGGAGCCUUAUGCAGAUAUCCGACCCAACGAAAGCAUUUGUGUGGAGUUCCAGCGAUACAUGAAUUCUUGCGGGAGAGAAUUUGUCUGUGAUCUCCAACAUAAAGAUAUUGGCGCAUUCAGCACAGAUAUGGGUAACGUGAGCUAUGAAGUUCCUUCAUUCCACGGCCAUUACUUCAUUCCGACACCCGAGGGAACAGCAAUGCAUACCGAGGGUUUCCGUGAUGCUUCGAAGACGCCAGAGGCUCACGACAUUACCAUGAACGUGGCUAAGGGGAUGGCUGUAGCGGGAGUAAAGAUACUGCUGGACGAAGAAUUUGCCGCGCGAGCAUGGGGUGACUUCAACCAGGACAAGAAAUUGAGAUAA